UCUCGUUGCCCCCCCUUUAUAUAAAGAAGCGUUUGCCGUCUUUUCCCGUCGCCCAUCUUUGACUUUUUUUCCUUCCACUCGAUAACCACCCGUCAAGCAUGAAAUCAAUCGUUGCGUCAACUGCGCUCCUCGCCCUUGGUGCUAUUGCUGGAGUGCAGGCACAAAACUCUUCCAGCGUCUGCGCAGCUCCGUUGCCAUUCGAGGAGUGCUUGAACAAGACUAAUCAACUCGCCGCUACGUGCAGCACUGAUCUUGCGUGCCAGUGUCGGACCUCCAACGUUUACGUGUUUUGCUACGUCAACUUUUGUGGCGGAGUUGGUUCCUCUCACCCGGACUACCCAGCAGCGACAUGCAAACGUAACCAGGUCUGCGCACAGACUUCUCAAAAUAUAACUCAACCGGGAUGGUCAGGCUCUUGCAGCAAUAUUCCUACCAACGGAAAUGGAACUACAAACCCCGGAAAUGGUACAACCGGUAACAACACUGGGAACGGAAACAACAACAGCACGAGCGGCAAAUCUAGCAGCGCAGCCGUGUUUACGCGGGUGGGUCUUAGUGGAUUUGUGGUCGCCGCUGUGGCUGGAUCAGUCUUUUUGCUCUGAGUUUCACCUCUAGCGUGAGAGAAUAACCUUGAAUUAGAGUGCUUAAACUUAUCUACGUAGUCUGUCUGUUUUUGUAUUUACAUAGUAUCAUAGUUGUCCAAUUGCAAAUAAAGUCAUGGCAUAUACAGUACCAUCAUAAGAUCCUGA